AUGGGGCGUAACCCAUCAAAUCAAAUCGCCUGCCAUAAGAAACAGCCAACAAACAAGGCGACUCCACUUCCCUAUCGCGCCCAACAGCUGGCUCCUUCCACAACUGACCAAUCAAUAUACACCAAUCAGCUCAGCCGAGGUUUAGGCGGUCGGCAGCAUUCCACCUCCACUCCAAUGGCCCCUCCUCCUGCUGGGUCAGCGUCUAGCUCAUCCUCUCGAGAAGGCUACCGCAGUGUCAAUGCAUCUCAUCGUUACCUCAAGCACGCGGGGCCAUCAAGGGGUGAGCCAGAACCACAGCAGAAGAGAUCAAAGUACCAUGUGACGAGGCAUCGACGCCGCCCAACCAUCAUGGCCCAUACAGACAAUAGCGACCUCGAUCCAGCAUGGCAAAAUCUCGACCGUGCCAUUGGGCAGAUCCUGAUUAUGGGCUGGGAUGGCACUGAAGUUACCCCCCAGAUCAGGAGCCUCAUUGAGGAUCAUUACCUUGGUUCCAUUAUACUUACAGCCAAGAACCUUAAAUCUGCUCAGCAAACAGCAGAACUGGUCCAGGAAUUACAGACCAUUGCUAAGAAUGCUGGUCAUUUACAACCUCUUCUCAUCGCCCUCGAUCAGGAGAAUGGAGGAGUCAACAGUCUUUUUGACGAAGACUACGUAUGCCAAUUCCCCAGUGCCAUGGGCGUCGCAGCUACGGGUCGAGCCGACCUAGCAUAUGAAGUGACAAAGGCUACUGCCACUGAGAUCUCGGCAUGCGGUGUCAACCUCAUGCUAGGACCCGUCCUCGAUGUAUUGAAUAACGCUCGCUACCAACCUCUGGGAGUGCGUGCUACCGGAGAUGACCCCCAAGAAGUAUCACAAUAUGGCCUAGCUGCUCUCCGAGGAAUUCGAGAUGCUGGAAUUGCUUCAUGUGGAAAGCAUUUCCCAUCGUACGGAAAUCUAAACUUUCUGGGCUCAAACCUAGAUGUGCCCAUCAUCACUCAAACACUAGAGGAACUCAGCAUCAGUGCUCUAGUUCCAUUCCGAAAUGCCGUCGCCUCUGGAAAAUUAGAUGCUAUGUUCAUUGGAGGCUGCGGCAUAUCCAAUCCGUCCAUGAAUGUGAGUCAUGCUUGUCUUUCAGAUCAAGUUGUGGAUGAGCUCCUACGCGAUGAACUUGGAUUCAACGGGGUCGCAAUCUCAGAGUGCUUGGAGAUGGAGGCUCUCAGUCAUGAACUUGGUGUCCAGAAUGGUGUCAUAAUGGCUGUCGAAGCAGGCUGUGACCUUGUCCUUCUCUGCCGUGCCUACGACGUCCAACUCGAAGCUAUCAAAGGCCUGAAGCUCGGUUAUGAAAAUGGCAUUGUGACGAGGGAGCGGAUUUUUACCUCUCUGAGAAGGGUACUUAACCUGAAAUCGACCUGUACCUCUUGGGAGAAGGCGUUGAACCCUCCAGGCAUUUCUUUACUUUCUCAACUCCAUCCAUCUCAUCUUGCUCUAUCACUCCAAGCCUACGAUGAUUCCAUCACAAUCAUUCGAGAUAAGGAGAAGCUUAUCCCACUCACCGCCUCAAUGCAUCCCGGAGAAGAGCUCCUCUUGUUGACUCCUUUAGUCAAGCCGCUGCCUGCAUCUUCACUCACCAAAAAGUUGCUGGCAGCCAAAGAUAACCAGAAUCAAGCAGAAGGACAACAUGAGAUGUGGGCGCAUAAUGGUCGUGACCGAAGCGCGAUAUUGAGUGGAGAGGGUGUCUUCCGAGAAUUUGGCAAAUCUCUUGCUCGAGCUCGUAAUGAAAAGCUACUUCACACAAGCUAUACAGCUAAUGGAGUUCGCCCAGUUCACGAAAACCUGAUCCAUAGAGCAUCUUGUAUCAUUAUUGUCACGGCUGAUGCAAAUCGAAACCUUUAUCAAGCUGGCUUCACUAAGCAUGUUGAUAUGAUGUGCUCUAUGCUUCGAACCAGGGGUCAAAAAAAGCAACUGAUUGUAGUGGCAGUCAGCUCUCCGUAUGAUUUUGCAAUGGACAAAUCCAUUGGCACAUACCUCUGCACCUUCGACUUCACAGAGAACGCUCUCCAUGCUCUUGCACGGACACUAGUUGGAGAAAUUGCACCCCUUGGAACUCUCCCCGGUACAUUGCGUAAGAGCAAGAAGGUUCUCAAGUCCAGACAGCACUGGCUGGUAGAAGAAUACAGUGCGAAACGUGACGCAUCUGCUUUGAAUGACCUACUUCGAGCUGUUCACAGAGCAAGCGCACCAGACCUGCAGUUUCUACGCACAACAACUGCUGCUUCCUUUCAGCUUAAUAAUGCCAAUAUUGCCGAAUCACAUUUUGUGGUUAGAAAUAGCAGCACCAACACUUUGUACGGCUUUGCUGCUACUUACUUUGUUCACGGUGUUGGUAUCCUUGGGGGUGUCUUUGUCGAGCCCACCAAACGUGAUGUAUCGAUCGGAAGGUCCCUUCAUCGACGGGCGCUCAGAAGUCUCGUGCAACGACGAGGAAUUAAGCAAGUCCAGAUAGGGACAGCUUUCCCUGGAGUAUUCCUAGGCAUUCCCAAUGAUGUCGAGGUCAACACAAUCAAAGAGUGGUUUGCGAACAGUGGCUGGGAUGUCCAGUUUCCACGACGCGUAUCAAACAUGAUUUUACAGGAUGUGGCAAGCUGGUCUGCCCCGGAGGGUUUGUCCCAGAGCAUUCAAAGAGCCAGUAUCAGCUUUGACCUGAUUCAUGAUUUGGACAACGCGGAUGGUGUUCUCAGCCAUGUCCGUCACAACGCGAAUCCUGAGGUAUUAGAGCUGUACCGCCAUGCGCUGUCAGAAUCGAAGUUGAGUGGGAUUGUGCGGGCAAAAGAUGCGACAGGUGCCUUGUUGGGUACGAUCAUUGUUUGCAAGCAGCGCAGUCCAUUGGAAACUCAUAUUCCCUCAUUGGUGUCACGCUCUGAGGACAUCAGUGGCAUCAUUGCUCCAGUUGUACCUCCUGGACCACAAACAACUCUUGCCUUACAAGGUUUGACGCUCAUGGGCAUUCGUCAGGCAAGGAGUCACAAAGCUACAAAAGUGGUACUUGGUUGGGUUGUGGAUGAUGGUUCUGAGUCCCUCACAGCGAUGGGCUUUGAGACACUCCAAGAGUUCGAGGAAAUCACAAACUCCCCAGAGAAUUUUUCCAAUAUAGUAUGA